AUGGGUCAAGAAGAUGCUGUUUACCUUGCCAAGCUGGCCGAGCAGGCCGAGCGCUACGAAGAGAUGGUUGAGAACAUGAAGGUUGUUGCCUCGGCUGACGUCGAGCUCACCGUCGAGGAGCGGAAUCUCCUGUCCGUCGCCUACAAGAACGUCAUCGGUGCCCGCCGUGCGUCGUGGAGAAUCGUCACCUCGAUUGAGCAGAAGGAGGAGUCCAAAGGCAACGAGUCCCAGGUUACUCUGAUCAAGGAGUACCGUCAAAAGAUCGAGGCCGAGCUGGCUAAGAUCUGCGACGACAUCCUCGAGGUUCUGGACGACCACCUGAUCAAGUCGGCCCAGAGCGGCGAGUCCAAGGUCUUCUACCACAAGAUGAAGGGUGACUACCACCGCUACCUGGCCGAGUUCGCCAUUGGCGACCGCCGCAAGGGCGCUGCCGAUGCCUCCCUGGAGGCCUACAAGGCUGCCACCGAGAUCGCCCAGACCGAUCUUGCCCCGACUCACCCCAUCCGCCUUGGUCUGGCCCUGAACUUCUCGGUCUUCUACUACGAAAUCCUCAACUCGCCCGACCAGGCCUGCCAUCUGGCCAAGCUUGCGUUUGACGACGCUAUUGCUGAGCUCGACACCUUGAGCGAGGAGAGCUACAAGGACUCGACCCUCAUCAUGCAGCUCCUCCGGGACAACCUGACCCUCUGGACCUCGUCCGAGGCCGAGCCCGCCCCCGAGAGCGCCGGCGCUUCCACCGAGAAGAAGGAGGAGGCCCCGGCCGCGGAGGGUGAUAAGCCCGCCGAGUAA